AUGCCACGCAUCGACCAAAGAGUUAGAAGUGUUGUCUCUGAGCAACUUGGUAUCCCAGUGGAACAGAUUGGGGACGAUGACAGGUUCGUGGAUGAUCUCGGAGCUGAUUCCCUUGAUCUCGUAGAGAUCAUCAUCGCCCUGGAAGAGGAAUUUAAUAUGGAGAUCCCGGAUGAAGAUGCACAGCAAAUCACUACUGUCCGGGAGGCGGUUGAAUAUAUCCAAAGUCACCAGCGCUACAUGCAAAUACCGCUCUGUCUCCCAACAAACCUCACCCUAAGCAAUCCCCAUCUACCGGAAGUUCGGAACCAUUACCGGGCUGUAUGCAAGAUGUCCUUGACAGACGUCCUACCCUUCCCAUAUCCACUAAGCGUCGGCACCGACAUAUGCCACGUCCCCAGAAUCCAGCGAAUUCUAUCCAACGAGAAUGAAGAGCACGUUACCAGAUUCAGUCGAAAAAUCUUCAGUCCAACAGAGCUGCCCGGUUUCCAAGAGCGGUAUCAGGCAGUCUUACGAUUGAGGCGGACGAUGCCAGCUCGGGCACAGAUCGAAGAAAAUCAGACCGAUGAUCAUGGCUCUGGGGUUGAUAAUGAUGUGCGGUGCGAUAAAUACGAGCGAGAACUUUUGGGGUUCUCGAAGUGGGUAGCUGGUCGGUUUGCGGCCAAAGAGGCGGCUAUGAAGGCAUUGUCUCCUCAUCGUCUUGGGUGGCAUCAGGCUGAGGUGUUGACAUUGCCAGGGAGGAAAAAGCCAGUGCUGGUGGUUCAUGCGCCGCCGCCACUAAAAGCAGAGAGUAAGGAGAAUGGGGAUGGAGGACACCAAAUGCUGAGAAAACAAGUCGCGCAACUUUCAAUCAGUCAUGACGGGGAUUACGCUACUGCCACUGUGUUGGCGGUUAACUCCUUUGGGGCUGAUUUCGGCACAUUGGAAAGUGAGAUCUACUUCAUCGAUCACAUCAAGCAAGAUAUCCUCGACCACCGAAACGACAAAGAGUACGACGUGAUAUACUUGUCACCACUCCCCGAGUCUCGCCACAACUUUCGCAUCCAAGUUCACGACUUUGUGAACCUCGAUUUCGAUAACCCAUCUAAGUGGUCUUCGGCUUUCCUCACAGCUUACGGCCAUAUCAAAGAGCCCUCACCUUACGGAGAACCUUUUCUCGUCACGCGUAUUUUGAUCCCCGAACAGGCUGGCAACUCCACGAACGCGCUGGAACCCCGGAUCUCCUACUUCUCUUGA